CCUCCUCCUCCCCCCGAGCCUGAGCCACCCAAAUCAUCUGCUCCUAGCUGGGCACCUUCUGAGUAUAUUGAGAAAGUUGAAGCAUUGUACGACUAUGUGAAGGACAAAGAAGAUGAGUUGACAUUUAGUGCUGGGUCUAUCAUUUACGUUGUGAAGAAGAAUGAUGAUGGAUGGUACGAGGGUGUGCUCGAUGGCAAUACUGGCUUGUUUCCUGGAAAUUAUGUAGAUCUCCUUCAAUAACUUGAGAAUUAUACGAAAUAAUUUUAAGUGUGUGUGAGUGAAAUCAUCAUUAUGAUUGUUAGUAGUAUUAGGAGACAUUUUGUAGUCAUGUUCUAUGUUAAAAAUUUUUUUUUUUAAUACUAAAACGUUAAUAUCCUGCCUAAGCAUAA